UCCGCUCGUCCUCACUGUCUGCGCUGGCCCUGCCCAAGUAGAGCGCAGCGGUGAGUCCAGGGCCGCAGGUGGGAUUCCCGCGCCCCUCAGACUGCCACGAGACUCGGGUCUCUGAAGAGUCAGCCACCUGGUCUCCUGAUCAACUAACUUCUUAAAGAAAUCUUUCCAGGAGCAGUGUAAGGAAGAUAAGCACCCCUUGGACUGGCAAAGCCACCUGCCAAGCACUGCAACCACCAUGCCCAAAAGAAAGGCAAAAGGAGAUGCUAAAGGUGAUAAAGUGAAGAUCAAGGAUGAACCACAGAGGAGAUCGGCACGGUUGUCUGCUAAACCUGCCCCUCCAAAACCAGAGCCCAGGCCUAAAAAGGCCCCUGCAAAGAAGGGAGAGAAGCUGCCCAAAGAAAAAAAAGGAAAAGCAGAUGCUGGCAAGGAUGGGAACAACCCUGCAAAAAACCAAGAUGCCUCUACAGUCCAGUCCCAGAAAGCAGAAGGCACCGGGGAUGCCAAGUGAAUGUACGUUUUUGAUAGCUCUCUACUUCUAAUGACUCUAGUGUUUGAAAUACUACUUUUUUUAAGUCAAGUUUUAUAAAAAUGUAGGAUUUGGGUUUUUCUUUUUUUUUAAGUUAUGUUGUUAGCACCCAGGACACUUUGUUGUUUUUUGUGGAAAGGGCAAAUACCACUAAUAGAGUGUGUCUCAGAAA